CUUCCGGGUAGCGGCGGUUUCCGUCUCCCGCUGGGCCUGGAGCGGCCGCGCUGGGACCGUGCGGACCCCCGGGACCCCCCGGGACCCCCCGAGCCCCCCCGGGAUCCCCCCGAACCCCCCCGCGGUGCUGGGCUUGGCCUGAGCAGCUCUUCCCGCCGCAGCGGGAGGGCCCACCGGGGCCUGACGCCGGGGGCUCGGCGGGGCCGCCCGGGGCAUGCGGAGGCGGCGGCCGGGCGGGCCGCACUAUGUGGUACAUCAUGCAGAGCAUCCAGAGCAAGUACUCGCUGUCGGAGCGGCUCAUCCGCACCAUCGCCGCCAUCCGCUCCUUCCCGCGGGACAACGUGGAGGAUCUGAUCGGCAGGGGUGCGGACGUGAACUGCAUGCACGGCACCCUGAAACCGCUGCACUGCGCCUGUAUGGUGGCUGAUGCCGACUGUGUCGAGCUGUUGCUGCAGAAGGGAGCGGAGGUCAAUGCCCUGGACGGCUACAACCGAACGGCCCUUCACUACGCAGCAGAAAAGGACGAAACCUGUGUGGAAAUCCUCCUGGAGUACGGGGCCAACCCCAACGCCUUGGAUGGCAACAAGGACACCCCGCUCCACUGGGCCGCCUUCAAGAACAACGCCGAGUGCGUGCGGUCGCUGUUGGAGAACGGCGCCUUGGUGAACGCCCGUGAUUACAACAACGACACGCCGCUGAGCUGGGCGGCCAUGAAGGGUAACCUGGAGAGCGUCAGCAUCUUGCUCGACUUUGGAGCGGAGGUCAGGGUGGUUAAUUUGAAAGGCCAAACCCCCAUCUCGCGGUUGGUGGCCUUGUUGGUUCGGGGAUUGGGUACGGAACGCGAGGAUUCCUGUUUCGAUCUUCUCCAUCGAGCUAUUGGACAUUUUGAGCUGAGAAAAAAUGGCAGCAUGCCUUGGGAGGUGACCAGGGAUCAGCAGCUCUGCGAAAAGCUCACCCUGCUCUGCUCGGUCCCCGGUACCCUACAGACGCUGUCGCGUUACGCCGUACGCCGCAGCCUGGGCGUGCGGUUCUUGCCGGAGGCGGUGAAGCAGCUGCCCUUGCCCACCUGCCUGAAGGAGUACGUGUUGCUCCUCAGCUAAAGCGAAAGACGAGGCGCCGGGGCUCUUCCGCGCCGACAUUCAGCUCCCUUCGUCGCCGCUUCCUCGUGGCCGUGCUGGGGAUGAGGUUGACCGCUUGGUUUGAGACUCACGGGCGAUGGAUUCUCCUCCAUGGUCGCCAUCCCGGUUCUCUGCUGGCGCAGGGCAGCCGGGGAUCCACCGGUGCUGCUCGCAGAUGGCUCCACGCUGUCUCUCUGCCCACAAUUACCUGCUUGGUGCCUCCUGCCACACUCUGCCCUCUCAAUUUCGGCCUCGUGAGAUGAACAAUCACCCUUUAAUGGCAAAUUAUAUCCUAGCUGUUGGAUUAACCUGUUUUGUUUUUUUUUUUUCCUGGGUUGUUUUUUUUUUUUUUUGGCGUUGAGGCAGACCGCGGGGAAAAGCAGGUUUUGUGGGUGCGGGGAGAAUGGGGAAACCCUCCUUCUUUGAAAGACCUGAGGCAGAAAAUCAGGAAAAGGUCUUGUUGGACUCAGAGAAGUACACUUGUACGUCAUGUAACGGUGUGGGCUGGCACCUUCGCUCGGCGCUAACACCCGCUGACGGGGCAGAGCUUGUGUGUCCGUGGCUCCCGGUGCUUGGGGCAGAUGUGGGGCAUCCCUUCAAUGCGUGGAAGUGUGCUUUUCCCUUCUCUAUAAUUUUUAAGAUGCGUCAGUGCUGUAGAGGGGAGGAGAGUUGGGAGCACCUCAAAAGCCAAUGCUUUCUGGGGCUGGAAUUCGUUUCCCUCCCUCUCCAGAGGGGUGCUCCAUGCUCCGGAGCAGAGGUUUCCCUCCCAUCUGCCACACGAUAACCCACCCAAGCUCUUCCUUAGCUUUGGUUUUACACCAUCGACUGACCGUUUUGUUGUUGGUUUUUAUUUAUUUGGGUGGAAAUAGAGGUUUUUAGGAGGAGGUGUGAGGACGUGCUGGCAGCGGGGCAGCGGGAGUCCCCUGGGCAGCGCCCGCUCUCCGUUCGGCACGGUGGUGGUAUCCCCACGCGCACCAUCGUGUAUUCACGGAAAUAAACGGCUUCCCGCGCGC